CUUGGAAAAUAUAAAAUGGAUCGAGGUCUUGCCUUGUGUGCGAUGCUAUUUUGCGGUUUAAUCUCACAAUUAACUGCACUCACUGAGCAAGAAAUUGAUAGUAAAGUAGAGUCCUUCCAAAACAAAAUAUUCAGUGCCAUAGCACGGUAUCGAUUCGAAGAAGGUAGAGGCGACUUUGGAAAUUCUCAAAACUAUCCGCUUGUGAAUAACCUAAAGAGGGUUGUCGUUAAAAUUUCAUUCAGGCAGCCAUUUCCUACCCCACCUAUGAUUUUUUUUGAAGUAUAUGGGGUUGAUGUAGACGGUACUCGCACUUUAAGACUGGUUUCUUACGCAAGAGACAUAACAGCCACAGGCUUUGAAGCUGUGUGUGAAACAUGGGAUGACACUCAAAUGCAGGCUGUGUGGUAUCACUGGAUCGCGAUGAGUCGUUAGAUCUAUUAAAAAUCCC